AUAUUAUAGAGUUACAUAAUAUAUAAUACUAAAAUGAAAAUUUUAUAUUUAAAAAAUUUGUAAUAACAUCUAAUGCAUUUAUAAAAUGAAAAAAUAUCCGCACGAAUGUGCGGGUUAAAAUCUAGUUGGUAUUAUGUUUGGAAAUGUUUUUUUUUUCUAAUUGUGAAUCUUGGAAUAAAUGUUUCUCAAAAAAAAUCUUAGAGUAAACAUCCAUCUAAAGUUCUGCGAAAUAUCCCCGAAAAACGCAUCUUCAAGAAGCCCAAAAUAAGCCCAUUGUCGGUCUUCUAUGCUAUUUUAGGUCGUAUUCUCUUUCCCAAAUUGUUCGUUAUUGUCUUUUUCUUGUUGCAAAAUAUUUUAAAAUCAUCAAAAUGGAAUUGGAUCUCAAUGUCGUAUCUUACUUACACAGAAAGCAGAGAGUGUAAAAAAAUAAAAUAUGAAAUACAUCAUUCACAUAAUAUUUUUUUUCAUCAUUCACAUAACUGAAGCAACCAAACACCCCAAAAAAAACCUUGAACCCAGCCUUAGAUAUUGUCCACAUAUCUGUUUCUGCAGAUUUAUUCUAUAGAGUACAGACUGAAGAAAGAUUGGAAUGAGAUCAUAUAUUCCUCGACAUCCAUUCACGAUGUUAAGAAAAUAACAAGAUAAAAAAACCAUCUUGAUCAAUUAUAUAUAAAGCAAUGAUGUUUUUUUGGUUAACUCUUGGUAUUUUUAUGCAUUUAUCUGCCCUUGAUAUCGUUGUGUGUUGUCUCUUCGGGACAUUCGAUAAAAUUGGGAUGAUACACAGAAGAUUAGCAUGACUCCUCCGUAAGGAUGACAUGAACAACUCAAUAAAUGGUUCAAAUUAUUUUUCCGGCCACUGAGAAAUUUACAUUCAGCAUCGUUAGGGAUAAGGAACCGAUACGUGGACUAAAAACGUAGGUUGCUAACACGUGGCUAUUCUGGAUCCACUUCUAUAGUUAGGAUACUCCUGUAUAAUUAAAUAUAUAUAUAUAUAUCUUUGUGUGUAACCUAAGUACCUAACCACAUGUGUCGACAAAAAAACCCACAUAUAAAACUUUGGCUUGUUUUUUAAUUGUAGUCAUAAACCGUUCAGCUCUCCCAACGAACCAACAUAAUUGUUUUCUUGUGUUGUAUAUUGAUAUUUAAAAUAUGUGAAUUUUUUUUAAAAAAAACUUUUUUUAAAAUAAUUUUUCUUUAUUUAUUUAAAUAAUUAUAUUUAUAUAUAUAGAGAGAGAGAGAGAAAAAAUCAAUUUUUUUUGAAGUCCAAAUUUCUUUUUAAAUAUCUUUAAAAUUAUUAUUUUAACUUUGAAAUCUUAAUUAUAUAUAUUUUUAAAUCCUAAAUUUCACUUCCCAGAACACCACCUUCAAAUAUAAAUCUAAGACUAAAUUAACUAAUUUAAGGGUUACAAGUGUAUUGUACUUCUUUAGUGAAACAUAUUUUACUUAUUUUGAUCAUUGUAUGUUAUGUUUGUAAUAGAAAAUUAUUUAAAGCUAUCCUAGAGUAUUUUUCUUUGAUAUAUGUGUAGUUUACUUAGAUCAUUUCUUGUCUAUUAUUUAAAUAUUUUAAUUAGAGCAUAUUUAACCUAUUUUUAUUUUAGAUAUUUCUAUAAUACAGGAAAUAGUUAUAUUUUUAAAGCAUUUCUAUACUAUAAUGAUACACAAUGAAGAAAAAAAUUAUCUCUAUUUUUCAUAAUAUAAAAUUUUAAAAUAAAAAUGAGUGAAAAUAAUUAUGUUGAAAAGAUAUAAUUAAUUUUUUUCUCUAAUGUGUUUCUAUUAUAUAGAAGCAUAAACACAUUGAAUCAAAAAGAUUAUUUCUAUUUUUUAUAAUAGAGAUUUAUAAAGUAGAGAACUAUUUGAGAUAGUUUCACAACUCUGUAAUAAUAAUGUUGUUUGUUGUGGUCCGUACAUGUCUUUAUCUUUUCGAGGGGCUAUCAAAUCACUUGAACAUUUUCUAUAUAUUUAUUUCUUUGAAUUCAAAAUAAUUGAUCUAAAAAUGGAAUUGAAUUUUAUGUACUCCAUUCAUCAGUUUUAGACCUUGUUCGAAACUACGUUAGGCGCUAGUCGGAUGGUAACUCCGAACCUAGCACCUAAUAAAAAAAUCGGAAAUUACGCGGGAAUUAAUCGAAGCCUAAUUUUAGAGUUUUAUAUAGUUUUAUAGAUAUAUAUUAGAUAUUUUAAAUAUAUCCAAUGGUUUUCUGAUUGCCUAGUGAUUAGAUGUGCUUAUUUAUGUCCAAUACAUCCGGGUUCAAACCCGGAGCGGGGAUGUUUUUGUUGUUUUUAACUUUAAAGCAUUAAUGAGGGUAAAAAGGACAUUUUGUAUUCAUCUUCUUCCUCGUGUGUCUCCGAUCUAGACUUAACAAUAGCGGCCGUUCUUUUUUCCCUUUUUUUCAUUGUUUGCUUUUAUUUUCCUUUGUAUUUAUACGUAGAAUAGAUAGAUAUACUAGAAAACUUUCAAUUUUUAAGUGUAAAUGAACGAAAACUGGAACUUUUAAGAUUCCCGACUUUUUGUCUGAUUAAGGUCAAAUCAUAGCGGCCGGAGACCGACAAACGAUUUUUCGGCGACUAAGCGGGUUUGGACGCCGCGUUUUUGAAUAGAUGUUUUAGACUAAAGUUAGGACUUACAAAUACAAAUGUGGAUAGUAAAUAAUAAAUAUAAUAUUAUUUCUUUUUAAAGUAAUUUUCUAUUUUUUCUCAACUUAUAUAUCAAAUUAUUCAAGUUUUGGUCGAGAGUGAGGUUGGUCUUUGAAACAACUCUACUCGGUACAGUUUGAACUAUACGGAAAAUAAUCUUUGAACUCUAGUUUCUUUUGCUAGAGAGUCAGCACAAACUUUUCAUUUAAAAAUAUGUAUGAUGCUAAACUUUCUAAGCCACUCACGAAGGAAUGGAAAAGAAAGAAGCUCGGAUCUAAAUGCAGACCAGUUAGCUCGAUAAAACUAAAUAAAACAUUCAGUCUAUGACCUCCAAAAAUCUUGAGAAAAUUGCAUACAAAUAAGUUUCCAAAUGUAAAAUAAAAAAUAAAAGAAAAAUGUUGAAAACUUUACUAAACCGCUUACAUCUCCCAAAAUUGUAAGGCCAUCCCUGUCGUUAGCCAAACUAUGAUGGAUCCUUGAUGCAUCUAUUUGGCAUGUCGAGCUUUGGGUAUCCAUGGGGAAAGCUGAAUGGAUGCAUAUACAAGGAGUGACUUAUGCAUGACUUUUCAUCCUCGUUUAUGACAUUUUCUAUUUUCCAGUUUUCCGUUUCAAAAUAAACUAGAUGUAAUAUAUUGGCGAAGAAGAUAUUUUGUUUACUGAAAAUUUUGUUUUUUUUUUAAUUUUCUAAUUAUACCAAGAGAUCUAAGGGAAAGAUAAUGUGUUAAACCAGAAUAAAUUUAGAAAAAAAAACAUAUCCUAACAUAAAGUUUGAAAUAGAACAUGAUGUGAGGUUAAAAAUGCUUUCAAUAAUGUUAAAAAAAAAAAGCUUUCAAUAAUCCAGUCCACAAAUAGUAUUCAACUCCAAUACAAUUAUUAUUGUUACUAGUGAUUAUACAAUAAUGGAAAAUAUAAUACUGUUACUUUAGUAAACAACAUAACAUUAUUAAUAAGUUCACAUCAAAUUUAAAGGGAUGAUGGACAUGCGAGGAACCUACCACAUUGUAGACGACAAAUACGAACUGUGUUCUUUCGAAUCUUUUUUCCUUAAACAGAAUUGCUUCCUACGUGGCAUCUUAUAUACCCGUGUAAAUAUAUAUUUUUUAUGAUUGUAAACGUUUUUAAUGGAAACUUCAUUCGUAGAUAUAUAUUUGAUAUACUAGAUUUCGAAUUUUUUUAGUUCUAAAAGAAAAGGUUUCGUAUUUUAAUAAUAUAUCCCUUAAAGUAAAAGUUUGUUUAAUCGAUUGACUUUGUUAUAGUAUAAAAAAUGUGUAAUUAUUUUUAAAAUGUUUUUUCAGCUCAAACAACAUAUCUAAUCCAACUGAAAAGAUAGAGUCUACAAAACAAUAUCAGUAUAUCUAUUAGUUUUAGAGCUAAACAGGUAAGAAUAAUAAUAGCAGCUGUCUCAUAAGAAUUAUUACUCAAAAAUAAAACACAAAAAAUGUUGGGAAUAAUUAAAAAAAAUUAUUGAUACAUAUAGUAGUAUAAACAUGUAACAUAUAAUUUUAUAAAUAAAGAUAUACAGUGAAACCUCUAUAAAUUAAUAAUGUUGGGACUACACCAAAAUUAUAUUUUUUUAUUAAUUUAUAAAAAUUAUUAAUUUAUCGAUAUACUAAUUGAACCAAAAACUUAAUUUGGGACUAUAAAAUUAUAUUAUUUUAUAAAGAUUUUUAGUGUAUAUUAAUUUAUAAAGUAUUAAUUUAAAGAGGUUAUACUGUACAUUCGCUUUCUGAAAUAAUGAGUCCAAUGGUUGAAUAAUUGGACCAUUCUGUUGGCCAACUAGGCAUUGUAGUUGAUUAACAAUGGUUGCCCCCACAAAAGUUAGUUAGCAUUACGAGAGGAAUUAUUUAUUAGCGCACAUAACCCAUUUUAUAUCUUUUGUUGAAUUUUAUUUUCAUGUUAUCUUUUGUUUAACCUGUUGUUUGGUGAAUCCUUUGGCACAUGUUGCCUCUUUAUCUUGUAAUCUUUUCUCAUGUGAUGGAUAUUAAGUUUCUAUAAUCUAAUGAAGCGGGUUGCCCAAAAAAGUAUAUAGUUUGAAGUAUCUAAAUAAUAUAUAGCGACGUGGAGCAAUAACGGACUCUAGAAUCGCAGAAGACAACAAGGCAUUGCUGAUUCGUUGCCAGCGACACUGCCGCGUAAGUUUACUGUUAGUUCCAUUAAUAAAAGUAUCAUGUUUUGCACACACAAAAAAAGUAUCAUGUUUUAGAAAAAAUAAAGAAAAGUAUCAUGUCAUGUCGUCAAUCUACCAUCACCAGGUCCAAUAUAUAUAUAUAUAUAUAUAUAUAUAUAUAUAUAUAUAUAUAUAUAUAUAUAUAUAUAUAUAUAUAUAUAUAUAUAUAUAUAUAAAUUAUUCAUCUGUUUUGAUUUGGGGGCAAUACUAAAUGAAUCGUAUGAUAUAGACUCUAGAAUAUACCGCUUGUAAUAGUUACGAUCGCGAAUUGAUGAUGGUUGAUAACAGUGCCGUGCAAAGGGUUUUAGGAAUUUUAGACAAGUUUAAAAAUAAACUUAUUUAUAAGUAUAAUGAAAAUAUUUUUUUAAUAUGAUAUAUCACUUUUAUCAGAUAGACAUGUUUCACUUUAAAAGAAUAGAUUUAUUACGUAAAUAUGUUAUAUUAUAUCAUAGAGGAAAAAAUACAUGAAUUUAAAAAGUGAAUUACUCGACUCUCUCGUAAAAAUAUUUUUUAAAAAAUAAAUUUAAACCAUUAGUCUGAAAAUUAUUUUAAAUUUUAGGAUCCUAAAUCAUAUUAAUCAGGAUUUAAAAUGAAUGUCUUUUUUCAAUACACUGUAGGCACACUUCUGAUUGUUAAUCAACUUACGUGUUCUGCUCUGUAUGUCACAUGUUUAGUUUAUAUAUUCAGCCAUGACAACAAAAUUUACAACAUUUUAAACUUCAGUUUACAGAUUUAUGGACCACGGAUUUGAUUUUAUAUAGUUUUUGGUAAAAUAUUAAAUUAUGCCAGUUUCAAUUUUAUAUAGUUACAUCUAUUUUAUUAAGACAGAAACAUUAUAUUAGACUUAACCUUUAAUCAUAUAAACAACAUUACACUACUAAUUAUAAACGGUAAUUAAGUAAAACAACAUUACACUACAAAUUAUGUUUCCAAACAAUAUAAUGAAUAAAUUUAUGUUCAAACGAUAUAAAACAUUAAGUCUCAUUUUUAAUAAUUUUCUUAUUAAGCUUAAUAUAAAUUAUUUGAUAAAAUUAAAAAUUGAUUAAAACAUUCAAAUAAUUUCUAAGAACUAACUUUUUGCAGGUCUAACUACUAAAAUAUUUAAUUCCAUAUAAAUUAAAUUAAUUAACACAUUAGUCUAUAUGCAUUUUUAUAUUUAUGAAACACAUUCAUUUAAAAAAACGAGUUUUAUAUAAAAUUAUAUAUUGUAUAGAAAUAAGAUGUUCAAAUCAAUAACUUGACAUUAAUUAAAAAAUUAUAUAUCAGUUUUUAAUAAUAAAAUACAUAAAUUUAUAACAGUUCAAAAAAAUUUGUAGUACGGGUUAAAAUAAAAUAAAUAGUAUUAUAUAUGAUUUUAUAUUUGCUAUAAAUAUGAAGUAAUUAAAUAUAUAAUAUCAUCAUAUACACCAAUUUUUUUUAUCAAAUUAGAUUUUGUCUAAAAAGUAUAACCACAAUUAUAAAAUGCGGAUCAAAAUCUAGUAUAACUUAUAGUAUAGCUUAUAAGCAGCAAUUUAUAUACAAAUAUAUCAACACGUUAUGUAACGAGAAUUUUUUUUUUUGUGGUGACAGAGAGAAACACACGAAGCCAUUCCAAGCUACACCGUGCGCGCUGCGCGCAUCUUCUUUGAGAUGUUUGCCUCGUUCGUUGGUGCCUGGUGGUGACACUGACAAGUAUCAAAACAAUAUCCCGAAAUGCUAAUUAAGAUCGUUAUUCUUUUCCUUUUAUUUUUUGUAACUGAAGCUUUCAAUUAUGAUCGUAUUCGUAAAAAGGAAAAAAAGAUCUUACUCGUAGAAAAAAAGGAAGAUCGGUAUUCGUUACAAACAUUGACGGACAUAAAAAGAGAUUAGUUUAGUUAGUCUAGUUAGAUUUAUCGUACUGUUUGAUUCGAGGACAAGGGUCGGUGCUGGAUAUGGACGUUUUGCGUUUUGUAGGUCAGAUAAGUCAAUUGGCAAACCCUAAAAUAUAUAUAUAUAUAUUUUUUGAAACUUAAACCCUAGAAUUAUUAUAUGUUUAAUUUAUGAAAAACAUUAAAAAUCGAUACAAAUUAUUGAUAAAACUAGUAUGAAUUUAGCGAUCAUAUAGAAAGCUUAGAGCAUCUCUAACCCAACCUAAAAUCUUCAAAUUUUGAGGUUUUGUGUCAUUCCAACCGAACCUCAAAUCUUUAAAUUUGAAGUUUUACUAUUCACAACCUCAAAACUAUUUUGUAUUUUCUUUUUGGUCUUUAUAGUUAUUUCGUUUCAUAAAUACAUAUACCAAACUUAAUUUAAAAUAACUUAAGUACACCAAAAUAAAAUAAAAUAAGAUAAAUAUUACAUAACAAUAAAAUAAAGUUCACACAAUAUAAAAAUACAUAAACUAAGGAGGCUCAUUUAUCACUUCAGAAUGCGUUAAUUGAGCACAUAUGUGAGUAUUACGGGAACAAAGAAUUUGGCAUUUUAUAUGUAAUUUUCUAAAAUUUGUGUAUGUGUGUUGUUAUAUUGUAUAUGAAAUUUAUAUCAUCUUUUGUUAUAUAAUAUUGUAAUAUUGUGUGUUGUAUAUUAUAUUAAAUGUAUGUUUUAUAUGUAUUUGUGAAGUUUUUAUUAUUAUUAGUAAUUUUUGUCAAUGUCAAGGACUAUAAUGCAAAUAGAUAAAGUUUUAAGGAUUUUUUUUGAAGAUUCAUGGUUGAAGUAACUAUCCCUCAAAUCCUUAUUUUGAGGUUUUGUUCCCUUUAAAAUGAGGUAUUGGAUUGGAGAUGUUCUUAGAAUCAUAAGAGUUCAGUCUUUCGCUCUCAAAUAUUUUAUGUUUCAGUUUCGAUUAAAUUACUUUAAAAUACAUUUAAACAAUUUUACUGACAAUAUCUAAUAAAAAAUUGAUGUAAAAUUGGAGAAAUUUAUUUAUUUGAGAAUGUUGUAACUUGUAAGGCAUUACUAUUAGUGGUAUCUCACAAAAGUAUUUUAUGCAAGCAAAUAAUUAGAAAAUAUGAAAGAGAAAGAAUAAUAUAUGAGAACUGUUUCUCAUUCGAAAAACUUUUAAAUAAUGAGAGAUUAUUUCUCCAUUUGUUAUUUUCUUGAUGUAUAUAUUUUCUUAAAAAUUUAUAUACAAUUAUAUAAUCAAAUAAUAUUUUAAUUUUAUAUAAUAAAGUUAACAACAUAUUUGUUCUAUAUCUUAAAAUUUUCAUUAUAUAACAAAAUUAGUUUAAAAUAUUAAUAUUUGUAUAAUUUUAAAUAUAUUAUUAUCAAUGAAGAAGUUCUUAAUUAAUAAUACGAACACAAAAAAAAAGACAAAAAAAUGACAUGAUGAAAGAGCAAUUUAGAAGUUUUUACUAUUUAACAAAAUGACAAAUGAGUGACGCUUUCACGAAAUGUAUCCCGAAAAUUAAUUUUAUUGAUGUCGAUACAUUAAAGAGAAAAUAAUUUUUUUUUGUAACUUAAAGAGAAAAUAAUUGAAUUUAUUAGCUUGAGUUUUGAAUAGUUUGAUCAUAUUCGUACGUCAUUGCUAGCUUUUUUUAUCCUCCCCUCUCCUCUGCUAUAUAUAAACUCGUCCGAGUACAUAACUCGAUGUAUUGUCCUUCAAAAGCUAAUAGAAGUGACACCAGGAAAAAAAGAAAACUGUGAAACAUACAUUUAUAGCAAUGACUAUAUUGCCUAAACUGGUCGAAGAACUAAAAUCGGGGUUUUCUCCAAUCCCGGUUAUAGAUAUCUCUGACCCAGAGUCCAAACAGGCCCUGGUAAAAGCCUGUGAAGACUUUGGGUUCUUCAAGGUGAUCAACCAUGGAGUACCCUCGGAGCUAGUAUCUGUUUUGGAACACGAGGCUGUCAAGUUCUUCUCAUUGCCCACGUCCUACAAAAACCAAGUCACAGGUUAUCCCUUUGGAUACGGGAACGGAAAAAUUGGUCGGAAUGGUGACGUUGGUUGGGUUGAGUACUUGUUGAUGAAUGUCAAUCUUGAUAUCGGUUCGGAUCCGUUCCUUCCGGGUCUCUUGAAUAACCGAGAAACUAUAAGGAACGCAGUGUUGGAGUACACAACAUCAGUGAGGAAAAUGACAUGUGAUGUUUUGGAGAUGAUUACUGAUGGGUUAGGGAUCAAACCGAGGAACACACUUAGCAAGCUUGUCUCUGAUCAAAACAGUGACUCGAAAUUCAGACUUAAUCAUUAUCCACCAUGCCCUCUCAUCCACGAAAAUAUCGAUGGUGCAUGCAACAAUGUGAUCAUAGGUUUUGGAGAACACACUGAUCCUCAAAUCUUAUCUGUCUUAAGGUCUAACAACACUUCUGGUUUCCAAAUCAAUCUAACUAAUGGCUCCUGGAUAUCUGUCCCUUCAGAUCCGUCCUCCUUCUUCUUCAACGUCUGCGACUCUCUCCAGGUGUUGACAAAUGGGAGGUUCAAGAGCGUGAAGCAUAGGGUUUUAACGAACAGCAUGAAAUCUAGGUUUUCUAUGAUUUACUUUGCUGGACCUCCGUUGACUCAGAGAAUCUCUCCAUUGACUUGUCUUAUGAACAAUGAGGACGAGAGUUUGUACGAAGAGUUCACUUGGUCUGAGUAUAAAAGCUCUGCCUACAACUCUAGGUUGUCUGAUAAUAGGCUUCAGCCAUUUGAAAGGAAACUGUUUCCGUUGAAUGAUUGACAGGUUAUGUUCGUGAUAGGUUGGUCUAAGUGUGCCAUAUAUUAUAAAUGUGUAUCUUUUAAGUUAAUGUUAAUUCAAUUAUUGGAAACAUGUUACUGUUGUAUGUUUCCUAGUGUCAAUAUCCCAUUUUAAAAGAUUCCGUCUGUUUUUCCAACAUUUAACUAGGGGUAGAUAAAACUUCUUCCAAUUCAAUCUGAGAAAUUUAGAUAUAAGUCAUUCAAAUCCAAUAUAAACAAUCAAUAUCCAUUUAAAAUAUAACAAAUUACAAAAACUAAAUAUUUGAAAACGAAUAUCUGAUCUAAUAUAAAUAUAUAUACGAAAUAAUAAUUAUUAAAAACUAUAUAUAAAUUAUCUAACUAUUUUUUAUCCUUAUAAAAUGUAUAGUGUUUUGCAAAAUUAAAAUUUUAACUAAUUUUUAAAAGUUAUUUUUAUUUAUAUUAAAAUGUUAUUGUUACAAUAAUUUUAUUAAUUUUUUAUUUUAUUUCUACGAACAAAUUGAAAUCUUGUGGUGACUGAACAAAUGUGAAUCAUGUUAAUUUAGAUGAAACAUAAAAAACUAUUGAAUACUUUCAACUUUAAAUGUCUACCGUAUGUGUCUACCUUUGCAUUUAACUAUCGGACAGAAUAAUAGGUUUAUUUGGGAAAUAACCAAAAAAAAAAAUAGAUUUUUAGAGAGAGAUAGGAAGAAAAAAAAGAAAGGGUGGAAUUUUAGUUAGAUAGUGAAUUUUAGUUUUUUGUUUAGCCAUUGAAUGCAAUUUCUCUAGAAUAAUUUAGAGUGGUGCUUAAAAGACUCACAAAACUCUUUAGGCUCAAAUAUCUAACUAUUUUUUUAUCUUUAUAAAAUUUAUAGUAUUUUCACUAAAUUAAUUUCUAACUAACUUUUCAAAGUCAUUUUUAUUUUAUAAUAAAAUAUUAUUGUUUAAAUAUUUUUAAAUUUUAAUUACUUUUUAUUUUGUUUGGAACAAAUGUGCGUGUUAAGGAGAGUCUAGAUGGUUCUAGACCGACAUAAGUGGAGAUAAAGAUGAGUUCGGUUGUGAAGAUAAGUGAGAAUAGAUAUCGUUAGAUUCUGUAGUAUAUUUGAGGAUCACGUUACGUGUAUGUAUAUAUAAGUUACGAUUGUGAUGAUGAAUAAGACAAGAACUCUUUACCCUUUUCUCUUGUUUACAUGGUAUCAGAGCCAUAAAGGCUAGAUCAAGAUUUAUUUUUACACGAGAGAAACAUGAGUUCGGAGAAAUCAGCGAUUGUGAGUUCCUCCAAACCUGGAGAGGGGCAAAUCAUGUUAAUUUAGAUGAAACAUAGAGAACUAUUGAAUACUUUCAACUCUAAAUGUCUACCGUAUGUGUCUACAUUUGCAUUUAACUAUCUGAUAGAAUAAUUUAGAGUGUUGUUUGAAAGACAAAAAUGUUGAGGCUCAAAUAUACAAGGUACUAGUCUGCAUUGUUGGAUCGAACAUGAAAGAUGUUACUACAUUCUAUGACUAACAACUUUAUAACAGUAACAAAGAUGUCGAUAAAGACACUACAACCGAAAAUCUCAAUACUAAACGUGGACUGUGGUCCGACAAGUCGAUUUGGGUACCAAAAUGAAAUGUAGAUAGCGUGUCGUUUACUGACAGGUUGCGCCAUUCUUUUAAAGGAAAGUGACUCGUCAGUCGUCACUGUUUUGUCAAAUUCACAUGCAAAGGACCAACUUGGAUAAUAUCUCCAACAGGCUGUUUUUUUCUUCUUAACGUUCGUAACUAAAAGCUUUCUAUAAACAACUUCAAACAUCAUAAGCUCUUUGAUAUUUUGUAUCGGAUAUACGACAAAAUAACGAUAGUUAUUGAAAGUUUUUUUUUUUUGUGUGUUGUUCAAAAAAAAAUUUUGAAAGUUUUUUUUAAAAUAUUUGUCAUUAUCAAAGUCAAAAGAAAAUAAACUUCUUACUGUCUUACACUGUUGCUUGGAUUGGUACUUGAUUUCUCAGAAGAAGAAAAAUAUGAAGAGAUAUCAAAUCGAACCAGAAGGCCGUCCUCUGCUGGCGUGAGAGGCCAAAAAGUUAAAGUAAAGAUGAUUGCAGACGAAUCAGCAGAUUUUGGCAAUUUCGACAAGGUGAAGCAGCAGCACAGUCACUGUAUAAAAUAUUCAUUUCGUCACUAGAGAGAAACCUCUAAAUAAAUUAUACAAGCAGCGAAAUGCUUUCUCCAUUGACUCAUUCAUCUAAACAAACCCCUCCAAGUAUCUGAGUUCUGGACAUUGUGAAAUUAGAGGCCCAUUUAGUUCCUCUUUUGUACAUCAAAUAAAAGAACCCGUAGGAAGCUAAAAGACCAAACACACACACGAGUUGCUCGGAUCCGAGAUGUUGCAAAUUUUGAGAAAUGGGUUUGUUGCUACUUGCUAGUCAUAAAUCCAUAAUCCACUGAUUAUUAUCUUUAUAAUUUAUUUA